AUGUCAGCCACCAAUAAAUCACCCAUAGAUGAGUUUGAGACGUUACAGUCAUUGAUGAAUGACUUUUCGGCUAAGUUUGAUACUGCAUUAACGCAAAAGAGAUCUGCAAUUAUCAACGAUAAACAACUACAUUAUGUCAAAGUAAAUGAAUUAAAAAACCAAGAAACCCAGUUACAAUCAGACAUAGAAGGCUUGAAACAGAAAGAAAUAAAGAUAAAAGAUACUAUAAAACGAACAAUGGAAGAUUUGCAAUUGCAACAGCUCAAAGUAGAUGAGUUAACAAGAAAACAAGAUAACUUAUUAGAUGAGAAGGACGAGUUACAAACAGAAAUAGACAAAUUGAACAGUCAAGUCCAGGCAACAACUGAUAGCUUAGAGAAAUCUCUGAAUAACUUAGCUGAACAAUUAAGAAGAGACUAUCCUGAAUUGCUUAAGUAUGAACAGUAUUUAGGACUUAAGAUCGACGUUAUCGGACAAGAUUCGCUAAAAUUUGUCUUCAGUAAUAUCGACCCAAACGACCUAGAUAAAGAAGUAUGGUGUGAGCUAUUAGUUGGGGGAGAAUUAUUCAAGGUUGGUGAUUCCUUCCCGCCCUUAGCACCAGAUAUAAUUACGUUACUUGAGAAUGAGUUUAACCAUCAUAGAGAAUUCGUGAAGUUCUUAAAAACAGUAAGAGCUUUAUUAAUGGACUUAAUAUAA